ACCUUUCAUAUUAAAUAUGCAGCCCUGCAUCAUCGGUACACACUGAAACAGUUCAUGUGCUGGUGUAACGAGGUGAACGCAACCCAUUUUGACUAAUCUAUUCGUCCAUCUUUGGAUCUAUUUUUAAAUGUGGUGUCUCUGACGUCGACUAUAACCAGAGACUGAAAUCUCCCAUCGGAGCACAGACGCUGUUACAGCACACGGGACCGCUGGUGAGUGACACUGGCCCCGAUGGCCAAGAACACGCUGUCUUCGCGCUUCAGAAAGGUGGACAUUGAUGAAUUCGACGAGAAUAAAUUCGUGGACGAUCACGAUGAGGCUGCAGACCAGCAAGGACCUGAUGCGGCGGAAGUCGACAAUCUUAUCAGGCAAGGGGACAUGAUGGCAGCCCUUCAUAUUGCUCUGAGGAACCCUCCAAUCAACAGCAAAAACCCUGCAAUAAAGGAAAGAGCUCAGACUGUGGUAUUGAAGGUUCUGACAUCAUUUAGGGGCAACGAUAUAGAGCCCGCUGUUAAAUCUCUCGACAAGAAUGGAGUCGAUCUUCUUAUGAAGUAUAUCUACAAAGGCUUUGAGAGGCCUGUAGAAAAUAGCAGUGCCAUAUUGCUGCAGUGGCAUGAAAAGGCAUUUGCCAUUGGAGGACUAGGCUCUAUUGUUCGAGUUCUGACAGCCAGGAAGACUGUAUGACUACCUGAGCCGACCUGGAAGCAAUGUCGCUAAGAGACGCAGAGGACAUGAGACAGGUUUGCCUGUUACUUAAAGGAAAGAACAAGAGACCAUCGUUUUGAAUGCUACUGCCCUGAUGAAAAAACAAAGUAAAAAAAAACUGUAAACGGUAGAGAAACAACAAAGCACUUGUUUCGAACUGAAAAAAAUAUGCUUGUGUAAAAGAGAAGCAACGUUCAUGUCAAUGUAUCAUAAAUUAUUCUAUGAUAUACUGGCAUCAAAAAAAGUUUUCAAUCCGACAUGGUUUUUUGAGGGGAAAAAAUGGAAAACAAAACAAUCCCGGUGUACGUGCUAUGAGUCAAAUGUGGUGAAUAAAGAUCAGGUGAGUGUGAGCAGCAAAUGUGUGUCAGUACAUGAGGUUGUUAUUUUAUUAGUUAGAUUUAAUCAAUGUUUUAUUUUCUUAUUUUAUUUCACAUCUUUUGUCCCAUACUGCUUUGUUUUUGUGCAGAGAUUUAAUAAUGGAAACAGUGAUGUACACCAAAGGGGUAGAGUGGGGAUCAUUGUAAAGUGCCUGCUACAAUAAAGUAAAUGGAUCUCCUUUA